AUGGGGAAAUGUGUUAGCAAGUUGCUCUGGAGAAGUCCUUUUGGAAUUGUGUUCAGACACGACACAGCACCUGGCGAGCGACUUGAUCGGCCUCUCUUUCUGGAUUAUUUUGAUAAAAAAGAGCAGGAAAAGAAGGCCAGAAGUAAAGGCUUGAAGGGCAACUCCCCAGUGGACCAGAUGGUAACACAGCAGUAUAUGGGCACCGGCCGACCUAUUGUCACACAGCAACAUCCUACUUCACAAACUACGCAGUUAUCAUUAGAUGAGAAGCAUAUAUUGCAACAGCAGCAGCAUUUGCAGCAACAGCAAGCACAAUCCAACCUACAGCAGCAGCAACAGCAAGUUAAUCUCCAACAGCAGCAGCAUCAUCAGGUCCAGCUAAGAAAUCAAGAGUACGAAAAGCAGCACACUACGGACAAUACCAUGGUGUACCCCCCCACCGCCUUAAUACACUCACAGCCGAAGCCUAUGUCUGCAGAAGAACGAAGAAAGUUUGAGCAUGCAGAUAUGGAGGAGAAAAAUGUAAGUACUGUAGUGCAUUUAUAUAUUUGUUUAGAGUGUUUGAAGGAAGGUGUCUAUUUUUGA